AUGCGAGAGGCGCUGGUGGAAUUGAAGAGUGCAACCAGCUUUCCAGGAGUCGAGAAAGGCUUCCAGAUGAUCUCGGACAUUAAAAUGAAUCAACUGGAUGUCAUUCUGGACGAAGUCUUGCCUGGUGAGAGACGACUAGUGACCAAUACGCGCAUGCGAGCUCGCACAGACAUGAUAGCGAAGGUGCAAAUGCCAGAAGCCGUCAACGUUUCAUUGCAGAUAUCCAACACGUCGGUCGCACUUACUCUCCAAACGAAGAAGGGCAUCGCCUCGGGUCGUUGGUAUCAGGUCGUGAAAGCUGUGGAUAGAACCAAACAAAUGAUGGAGCAUUCCGCUUAA